GAUAAAUAUACCUAAGUAAAAUUGCCUCAAUUUACUCAGUUUGUUUGCAAAAGUGUAUUGAUGUUAGUAACAUUUUUGUACAUUUGGAAAUAACAUUCCUCAAAAUAUUUGGUACUUUUUGUAUUCUAACAUGAGUGCACGAAUUGUUGUUGCUUUCUUUAGUUAUUAUUAAUGGAAAUCAAGCAGCUAGAAUUCUUGGUGGGUGUGUUUCCAUUUGGAGCUCCAAGCCAUUAUAUACUUGGAAGUACCUUGAUGAAGGGACUGACUGAAGCCGGCCAUGACGUCACCAUGAUCAGUCCUUUUAAGGAAAAGAACCCUCCAAAGGGCGGGAAAUGGACUGAAAUCAUCAUCGAUGAAUUAAUGGAGCCAAUAAAAAAAGUAUUUACUAAGAACGACCCGUUCAAAAUGGAAGCAGAAAGUGCAAUAUCCACCGGAAUCUUCCUAAGCAAAAUUGGGAAUCUGGUAGCAGAGGACGCUCUUAAACAUAACAAAAUACAGGAUUUAAUAAAAAGUAACCAAAAGUUUGAUGCGGUUAUCAUCACCCAAUUUGGUGUUGAUGCGAUGAAAGCGCUUGCAAAACAUUUCAACGCACACUUGAUUCUGUUCAGCAACACGGCGGCAAUAUCUUGGCUGAAUCAGUUUGUGGGGAAUCCAUCUUUACCGUUAUUCUCUCCAGAAAUACUAUUAAAACUGCCUGAAAAGAUGUCGUUUAUACAGAGAUUAAAAAACACCUUUUUCAGAUUAGCGAUUAUGUUGUACCAAAACAUAUACUUUUAUCCACAGCAGAAUGAGUUCAUCCAGAAAUAUUUUCCUAGCCCCGUAGAUAUAAACGACCUUCUGUAUAACGCAUCUUUGGUGCUUCUAAAUUCCCAGGAAAGUAUAUUCACGGCACAACCUCUCGUCCCUUGCAUGGUUGAAAUUGGAGGGUUCCACGUACAACCACAGAAAAAGUUGCCCGAUGACCUCCAAAAAUUUUUAGACGAAGCAAAAGAAGGAGUUAUUUAUUUCAGUAUGGGUUCCAAUUUGAGAAGUCAGAAUAUGCCGGCAGAGAAGAGAGAGGCGAUUUUAAAGGCAUUCAGUAAAAGAAAGAAGAUACUGUGGGAGUGGGAGGAUGAUGUGCUGCCUGGUCAACCACCCAACGUCAAAGUAGGAAAGUGGUUGCCGCAACAGGAUAUUCUGCCUCAUCCAAAUGUAAAAUUAUUCAUAACCCAUGGAGGGCUUAGUACUACAGAGACAAUCUAUCAUGGAGUACCAAUCAUUGCUAUUCCAAUUCUAGGUGACCAAAAAAUGAACGCUUACAACGCGGAAAGGUUAGGUUACGGUAUAGUCCUUCCAUUUGUAGAAGUUUCCGAGGAGAAUUUAUCGCGUCUUCUAGAUGAGAUUUUGUCAAAUCCUAAGUAUACUAAUAAUGCCAAAGAGCGUUCAACAAUCAUGAAAGAUCGGCAAGUGAAACCUCUGGACAAUGCUGUAUACUGGGUGGAAUAUGUAAUACGCCACAAUGGUGCUAAACAUUUAAGGGUUCCAUAUUUGGAACUGGCGUGGUAUCAGUAUUAUUUAUUGGAUGUGUUUCUAUUUAUUUUUGGCGUUAUUUUUACGGUUCUGUUUGUGAUUAAAAAGGCUGUUUCAUAUUUAUAUCGUAGGAGUCAAAGUAAGAUUAAGAAAGAAUAAUUAUAUAUCCUACAUUUAUUGUUAAUAGUGCGCUGCAGGAAAUCUAGUAAUUGUCUGAAAACAUAAUUUGAGGUAAUAAAUAUUUUCUUCAAAUA